AUGGCGGCUCGAUACGGCGGCCGCUUUGCGCCAAACUACGAAAGUGAGGCGCGAAGGAUUCAAAAGGAGCCCAUCGUCGUCUGGCGGAAGGAAUGGGUUCAUCCCAAGGCGCCUUCGUCUGGCGGGGUUGGAGCGUCAACGGCGGGCGCCGGUGUCAAGAUCAUGAAGUGGGUUCGGACAGGCGAUACGGUGCAGUUCCCAGAAGAGGAGGACGUGAAUGAGCUGCAGCAGCUGCAGCAGCCCGAGAUCGAGCAUGAGCAAUCGUUGCAAGACCAAGCGCAGGUGCAGGGCGACCAGCAGACGGGGCCCUCGGUCGAUGCUGAGGGCACCAUUGCGAGAGCUUCAGAUGCCAUGGAAGUCGAUCAGCGGCCAGGAGUCGAAGACAUGGACAUUGCUCGAGGGGCCGACUUGCACGCAGAGCAGGCUGCCGCCGAUCUCUUGGAGCAGGCGCACGAGGACGUGCAGGACCGACAAAGGGCAGAACAGACUGGUGGAGACCCUCAAGCUGCUGUUGUUCAGCCUGCGGAAGACGAAGAGAUUGUAGCCCUCGCCAAGGAGCAGGGGAGCAUCGCGACUGACGACGUCGAGGAGAGACUACAGCCUCCUAUCGAACCGGAAGCGCAAGAGCAACAGGCCGACGAAGAGGAGGGAGAGACAUCGACGACUGCGCCCAGUGCCAUGCAGAUCCAGGUUGAUCAGCAACCUCUGAAUUGAUUGAACUAUUCCAUUCCAUUGUAAUUCUAUGCUUGGGACUCCUAAAGACAAAUUUGAAGAUGCACGACGAAG